UUACAGGCAGCAAUCUGUGUCAUAUUCCUGGUGUUAUUUGUUCAAGGAAAGAAUGAAAACGAAGUCAGUGAGUCAGAUGUGGAAUUGCAAGGUGUGUAGUAAUUACAUUGUAGGUGUGUAGUAAUUACAUUAAUAAAAAUGUCUGUGGUAAUCACAUAUAAACUUUAACGGCCGAACUGGAGACUUUUUAUUUUGUUCAAAAUAAAAAAAAGAUAAAAACCAAAGCAAAACAAUGAACUAGAAAACAAAAUUAAAACAAACAAACGAAUAAGGGCCCUUUUAGACUCUGCUGCUUUAAAAUGAAAUAAGGCCCAGCGUGGUAAUUUUGUGUAGAGUUGCUUCUCACCGACAAACAUUGUUCGAGUUAUCGAGGGUAAAAUUAUGCGGAAAAUAACCUGACAGGAAGCACAAAUUCAAAGAUUUGAGUCGCGUUGAGGGGUUGAAUUGUCGGUCGACAGUACAGUUCAAAAGGUAAUAGCCCACAACUGCACGCAGUUGAAAGUUGAAAAAAACAACGCGACAAUAAGACUUGCCUUCAAUCAAUAUCUCUACAUAUCGACUCCAUACCGUAGAAAUGUCUUUGAAAACAAUGCACGCUGGGAAAACUGGGAGUACAUCAAGUCCGUCAAGGCUUACUGGUAAACUUCUCGGGAAAAAUAAGUUAACAAACGCGUAAUAUAGUUUUUUUUUUUUCUCUGAUGCUUCAGCUUAAUUUUGUUCUAGCGAUCCUGUUCUCUUUCUAAGUUGCUAAGGACCUCUUCUCCUAAAGUUAAGUUUGGACCGCUUUCGUAAAAAACGCUCUAAAAUUACGAGAUAUGUCGUUUUCAUUUACUUCUGAAACCUUAACCUCUGAGUUUCGACUUCAUUUGUUGACCAAAUAUAUUUAAGCAGCUCAGCAAAAAUGAGUUGAGAAGUAAAAAGAGUUCAAAUUAUAAUUCGAAAAAAAGUGGUCUAAUCGUUGUACUUUAAGAUGUUCACAGGAUUGAUAUCGCCAGGAUAUAAAAAUAAUUAGAACCUGUUCUGUCCUGCUUGCUAUACCUGUACAAUUGUUUUUUCAUAUCAUGGAUGUGAUAAAAAGGAACCCUUCAUUUAAACAGAUUCAAAGCAAGUUGAAAGCGAACCUUAGGCCCUUUUAUCCCUGACUGAACCUAUGUAUUUAUAGAAUUGCUUGUAUUUUCCAGGCCAUAAUCUCCGAGAAAAGAGGAGCUAUUGGUUGUACUCCAGAAGCUGUCUACUCACUUACUGUAAGGAAUCGCUCUGACAAAGGGCUAACGCUCGAAACGUCAGCUUUUUUACUCUUUAUGGUGGCCAAUUUACGUUUUCAACUCAGUUGUUAACACUAAAUUACUCACUUACUGUAAGCAGCUUAUUCUGUUUUUAUCAGAAAGAUUUUGCCAAAAAUUACGAUCAAACUUAGUAGCACUCUGUGCACUGUGAUUGGUAGUUGUCGUUGAUCAAUCAGAGAACAGACGCACGGCGAAGUCAUGGAGAAAUCGUAUUCUUUGCUUUGUUCAGCGUGACGCGCAGUCCUGAAAAUAUUUAGAAGAUUUAUCCGAAUAUAGGAGGUGAAAGAUCUGUUAACGAGGAAUAGAAGGAGGACCGGUUCCUUGCGAAGAGAAAAAAUACGUCAAUAGGGACAUAAAAUUCAGAGAGUCAAGCGAACGAGGGAAUUUUUAUUUGCCUUUCUGGUAUUAAAUGAAAUAUGUAUUUCCCGUGUGUCUUAAAUCAAAUCACAGUCGCAAAACGUGGUAAUAACAUCAGGGGCACACAAGUUGCUCGGUGUACCACCUUCUUUUCUCUUACCAUGUUUUGAUGAAAAAAAAAAAAAAAAAAAAAAAAAAAGCGCCAAAGUUGCAUCAAACGGCUCAACAUCCGACCAAGGGAGGCUUAAGACAUAGGUUACUCAUUGAACGUUAUCUAAAGCAAUUGUCUGUGUUAUUUUUUUCAUCAGUGAAGAAGAAGAAGUGGCUACUCAAACGUGUACUGAAAGAAGUUGAUUGUUUGAAUAAUAAAAAAUGCCGAUUUUAUCAAAAGAAGCUUUUUGGUAAGUAUUAUGUUUAGUUACUAACCCUUAUCAAUUCCAGACCUACAACAAAAUUCUGUCAAAGUAAAUAGAUAGAGACAGCACUUUUCCAUAAAAAAUCUCCUCCCCCCCUCAGGGUGAUAAAAAAUGACUGGUUUCUAAUGAUUCUCUCGUUAACUACACUGAGACAUUUCUACACCAAUUACUCUGCCCUUGUUAGGGGAGCGUUUAAUAAUGAUUUUUUUUGUUUACCCUCUCAAUAAUACAAGUAUAACGGUUAGUACUUUGUUCAAAACAAGGACGCACUGUUAACAGAGUUGUACCUUGUCAUAUCUAUAACAGGAGAGAUUUUCAAGCCACCCACUCCUGCUCCACCUAUGAGUCCCACCCCGUCGCCUUCCUCCAGUCCUGUGAUGUCCGUAACCCCUUCAAGUUCACAAGUUGUAUCUUCGAUGCCGGUCGUAUCGCCCACACCAUCCUCCAGCAGUGUAAUGGUUUCACAGACUGUUUAG